UUUGAUUUGAUUUGACUUUACAGAUAUCGUAGGCACCGAACACACAGCACCACUUCAUGUGGCUCUUAAAAACCUGCUUUUUUAUCUACAGCUGUCUAUCAAUCCACUCUCUAUUUCUACCUCUUAACUCUCUCUCAACACACUCUCACACGGACACAGAUACAACACAGACACUGACAAAGAAAGUGUUGUUAUGACAGACCUCAGGAUCAAUGAGCUCAGGGUCGACGAAGCAGACACAGAAGCCAGCAAUCACUCGAGUGAAGAAGAGAAUGAGGAUUGGAUUAAACCUCUUAUUUACCAGUCCCAGGGGGCCAAAGAGUUUGCCUACUGUCCCUACAGCAAGUUCCGGGUGGGGGCAGCCCUGUUGGCACAUGACGGAACCGUUUUUACAGGAUGCAAUGUAGAAAAUGCAAGCUACAAUCUUGGUCUCUGUGCAGAGAGAACAACUAUUGCAAAAGCUGUUUCCGAGGGAUACCGACGUUUCAAGACCAUUGCCAUUGCCAGUGACCUGGAAGACCAGUUCGUCUCACCCUGUGGAGGUUGCAGACAGUUCAUGCCGAGAGGCUGGUUCAUCAAGCAAGGCUAUUCUGAGACCCAUGUCCCAGGAGCUGAUCCCUGCAGGCCCUCUCACCAUGCAACAGGAAAAAGAGGAACAGAUUGCAUUAAACGGUUUUGCAGGUAUUUCGGGGACGUGUCUGCCCAACCCAAUGUGAUCAGGGUGUACCGGCCGUUCACAGCGGACAUACCCCUUCUACCCGGUGCACAGGAGGAGUACCCUGAUGUCCUGCCAGACUCAACCCUGAGAGCCUGGGCAACAACCGUACUCUUUACCCGUACACACUGCGUCAGUGCCUGGAGGUGAACGUGCCCAGCAGGAGAGAGGGCUCUCUAAUGGUGCUGCAGCUGCUGGACCUCUUCCUCAUUUCAACCAACAUUGAGUAAUCGUAUUGUUAUUUAAUAUCUUUAUUGUGCAGAUGGUUGCCCCCAGCUGGUUAUCACUGACUGUGGCUGCUGCUUGGCUCAGAAAGACUCUAGUCUACAGCUGCCCUUCAACUCUAUAUGGGUGAACAAAUAUGGCACCUAAGGUAAUCAUCCUCAGAGAAAUACAAUAACACCACCUGAACAUUCAAAACAACAAGCCCUUCUAUUAGGGCUGUCCCUGACUAAAUAAAAUCUUGGUCGACCGAGAUACAUCUGUUCUUUUGACCAAUCGAUUGGUUGAAAUUUUAAAAGGUGCAUUUUUCCUCAUACAGACACACCCUAUGUGUUUUAUUAAAAUCAACUAUAUGUAGGCUAUUGAGCUUGUCUUAUGCUUUAAGAACACUGUGAUCAAAUAAUUAAGACAAACAAAUUACUCAAAAGGGAGCCAGGAGGACCUCCCUAGUGGUGCAGCGGUCUAAGGCACUACAUCGUAGUGCUUAAGGCGUCACUACAGAACUGGGUUCGAUCCCAGGCUGUGUUACAGACGGCCGUGACCGAGAGACAGGUUUGGCGGCGCACAAUUGUCCCAGCGUCGUCCGGCGUUAGAGAAGGGUUUGGCUGGCCGGGAUGUCCUUGUUCCAUCGCGUUCUAGCGACUCCUUGUGGCAGGCUGGGCGCCUAAAAGCUGACUUCGGUUCCCCGUUGUACAGUUUUCCUUUGACACAUUGGUCCAGGUGGCUUCCGUGUUAAGAGGACAGGUGUUAAGAGGCGUGGUUUGGCAGGUCAUGUUUCGGAGGACGCAUGACUCGACCUUUGCCUCCUGAGCGCGUUGAGGAGUUGCACCGAUGAGACAAGAUCGAAAUUGUGGGGUAAAAUACAAAAAUUAUACAAUAUUAAUACCGUAUAAAUCACAAUGGCUACGCAUGGCAUGUCUGCAAGGAACGUGAAACAUUGUAUCAACUAACAACUUGGUCCGGCCUGAAGCUGGCACUAGCAAACUUGCAACAUUGUAUAAAAUAUUCUUAGCCCCCCGAGUUUCCUGUGCCAGUGAGCUCCAGGCAGACACAGCUGUAAACUAUUUGUGCAAAUGAUAAGAAGUAAUCAGGUAGGCCUACUUUAUUACGUUUCCACCGGAUCAGAGCAUGAUAUCCCCCCCUUCACGCGAGGAGUUAUCGAAAGAGAAACGUUGAGGAACUGUUGUCAUUCUCAAUAUAUGUAAAACCAGACUUUGUUUACCUGCUGUUUGAGUUGAAGACAAAAAUGACUUGAUAUUCCUCAAUCAGAUCCCCAAAUGGGUACAUUUAUAGGCCUACAUUUGCGUGCAGGCCAGUUAGCCUAGGCCUAAUUCUAUGCACAAUCAGGUGUACUUCCUUACUCAACAUUGACAGGAGCGCUACAAACAAAACUCCUAAAUGGAAUUAAAUAAACCAAAACGCAUUCCUCACAAGCGUAGCCUAGGUUGUACGGUCCGCAAACACCGUGUCCACUCUGACAAUGAGAAUGGUAAAAUACUGUAAUAAUAAUAUAUUGAAUCCAUUAACAGAAACUCUAGUACCCAAACAGACAUUGUAGAUUAGAACUGUAAACGUACUACUGGUGAUACUGGUGUGCCAUCCCUGCGACCUUCGCAAUGGAUUAGUCCACUGAGACAGGCGUGAAUCAGACAGGUGUCCGUGUGCCAUAAAAAUAAAAUAAAAACAUACUGUAUUUUUGCGACUGCUCGACUAAAAACAUAUCAGUCGACCAACAGCCUAUCGACCAGUCGACUAAAGGGGUUCAGCCAACCCUUUCUAUCUAUCAAUUUUUGAAGCAAACUUCGAUUGUUCUACCAGGAGUUGCUGAACAUCUUUUCAUCUUUGCUCUCUCCAAAGGUGGCCACUGCAGUUCCAAGCCAGGGAGUGGUAAUCAAUUACAGCAAGGCAGAUGCCAGGGCUGUCAGUGCCAUUUCCUAUGAGAUAUUUGGCCAGGCCAACCUGUUCUAUGGAACAGGGGGCCUGGCUAGCAGGUGUUUCCAGGAGAAGCAGCUCCCUGCCCUACCUGCCAGUGUGCUGACAUGCAGCUUGGGGCGGCAGGUAGCCUAGUGGUUAGAGCAUUGGGUCAGUAACUGAAAGGUUGCUAGAUCAAAUCCCCAAGCUGACAAGAUAACAAUCUGUCUUUCUGCCUCUAGUCAGUUCCCCAGUAGGCUGUCAUUGUAAAUAAGAAUUAGUUCUUAACUGACUUGCCUAGAUAAAUAAAUAACAUUUAAAAAAAAAUAGUGGUCAGGCUGCUCAUGCGAAGGAACCCCAAUAAGGUAGGAGUCUAAUUAGGAUUUUCAAACCUUUACUUCAUUGAAGGGUAUGCAAGGUAUUAAAGAUGAAUUCAGUAUUCCGUUCAGUAAAUAAGGGUUUGGUGCUUAGUAUGCAAAUCCAUUACAUUAUCAGAGGUAUCAGAGAUAUGCCCUGAAUCCAAGACUCAUAUUAUGCUCAUAUCGUUGUUUCUCUGCAGUGCCCCAGUGCCAGAAUGGCUGCCAACAUGCUGCAUCUCAGCCUCUGGGGAAGGCGGGCCCUGGCCAAUCAGGACAGCGCUGGUAUGAAGACGUUAGCUGAUUGGCUGCUGUGCCAGUCUGCCAUGGUGCUCCUGAGAGGCUGCAGGCCCAGUGGGAGCUUGGAAGAGGCAGAGCUACAGUACAGAGGUGCUUCAUGUCCAACGUGGACCUGGAAGACCUCAGAUUGUGGUGGAAAUAGAAAAGUCACUCUGUGAAGUUGUGGGAACCCACCAAUAUAAAAUCAUUGAAUUUACCUGAAAAAGGAAUAUAAUAAUAAUGUCAAAAUAGUUUCUCUCCCCAUUUCCACCCAUGUGUGUAGAGCUUUCAGGAAACAAAUACAGUGCGCUCCAAAAGUAUUGGGACAGUGACACAUUUUUUGUUGUUUUAGCUCUGUACUCCAGCACUUUGGUUUUGAAAUGAUACAAUGACUGUAAGGUUAAAGACUGUCAGCUUUAAUUUGAGGGUAUUUUCAUGCAUAUCGGGUAAACUGUUUCGAAAUUACAGCACUUUUUGCACAUAGAACCCCCAUUUUCAGGGAGCAAAAGUAACGAGACAAAUUCACUUUUGUAUUAAAGUAGUAAAAAGUUUAGUAUUUGAUCCCAUAUUCAUAGCGCGCAAUGACUACAUCAAGCUUGUGACUCUACAACUUGUUGGAUACAUUUGCU